UUGAGGGUGGCUCCUUCCAUCGGAAGCAUGCUCAUAGCCUAGCGCCAUCUUGUCAGAAGCUGAACGUCUCACACGGCAUUUUCUCGCGAUACCGUUACUUCUAUCGUACUUGCACAUCGAUAGCAUAUAAUGGCGCCACGCAAGAAGACAGAAGAGAAAGCAACAGCUAACGAAGCACCGGACCUGGUGUUGGAGUACCUGCGCAAGCAAAACCGCCCAUACUCAGCUAUCGAUGUCUCGGCAAACUUGCACAAUAAGGUCACCAAAGCUUCUGCCGCAAAGAUUCUGAAAGACCUUCAUGAGCAAAAAGCAAUAGAGGGACGAGUUGCUGGCAAACAGAUCGUCUAUCACGCUCUGCAGAACGCCGCUGAAGCAUGCACGACUGAGCAACUCGCCGCCCUCGAUGAAAGCGUUCUCAACGUGCGCACACGAACCAUCUCUCUUCUCACCAGUGCAAAGAACCUCCGUAGCUCGCUCUCCAGCCUUAACUCCACGCUCAGCACUACGGAUCUCAUCGCUAGCAUUCAUGCCCUUGAGACGGAGAGGGCGGAAAUCGUGACCAGACUCGAUGGGCUGAAGAAGGGGAAGGCGAAGAAAAUCACAGUAGCAGAGCGAGAAGCGACCGAGAAGGAGUGGAAGAGGAGUGUUCGUGUGGCGAAGAUAAGAAAGAAGAUUGCGAUGGAGAUGUGGAAGUUGAUCGAGGGAAAGCUGCCUGAUCAACAAACGAGAGAGGAGCACCGGGAAAUGUUCGAUCUAGAUGGGUAAGCGUAUCAUAUCACGAAAGAGGUAGAAGAUGCCAAAAGUAUGAUGUGCCAGAAUUAUUGUACGGAGGCAGAUGGAGAAAUGUGUGGGUAAUGUAGUGAACUCAAUAAGGUCUCAAGCCAUAUAGAGAUCGUAGUUAAAGACAACCAGAUUGGCAUCUCUGCGAUACGUAACUAUUUGCCUCGUGUUGUAGGCGUCGCUCAUUUGACCUCCCAACGCCGCACUG